UCAGACAACGGUUACGCUGCUCUCUACCAAGCACCUAACUGCCGUGUGUGGUGGAUUCCUUUCUUUUAAGAAUUAGGUUUCAUUGUUUAAAAGGAAUUUGAGAAAAACGCAGUUUCCGUGUCCCACUGAGCGUCUCAGGUUGUAGUUUGGCACCUAGACUCAAUGUUCCAGGAUAUGGGCAGCAGCAUACAAAUACUUUCAUUUGAAAUGUGGAUGUGGAUUCUGAUCGGCCUCGACAUCAUCACAAAAGUGCAAGGCUUUUCAAGUGGAAUCUUCUUACAGUCAUGUAAUUCGCUGUCACCUCAGCAUCCAGUAGGAAAUGGGACCAAUUUCUCUGCUCAGACCUCUGCAGCCCCCUUUAUGGUGGAUUUUGAGAGCAGAAACCCUGGAGAUCCCAUUACAGUUGUCCUCAGGAGCACCGGGUCCACGGAGUUUAGAGGAUUUAUGAUGGAGGCUAGAGAGGCAGCUCCAGCCGACAGCAGCCCACUGGUUGGAGCUUUCAUCUCACUUAACAAUACCACGACUCGACUCUUGACAUGCAAUGGUUUAGCGGAUUCAGCUGUUAGUCAACGCAACAAUCAAAGGAAGAGUUUGUUCCGAGUCAACUGGACCGCACCACAAAUAAAUCAAGAUAUCGUCUUCAGAGCCACAUUUGUUGAGAAGUUUGCAGUAUUCUGGGAGAAUGUGACGUCGACUUUCAAUUUAUCCACAACCACUCCAGCACCAAGUACUACAACAAUUACUCCAGCACCAAGUACUACAACAAUUACUCCAGCACCAAGUACUACAACAAUUACUCCAGCACCAAGUACUACAACAAUUACUCCAGCACCAAGUACUACAACAAUUACUCCAGUAUCAACACAAGCUCCAGCACGGACAACUGGAGAUUGUGUUUCUCCUCCUGGGUUUGGUGGUGUCUGUCCUCCAAAAAAUACCUCAGCACCAAACACUACAGAUACUCCAACGCCUUGUCCUCGAUCGAUCAGAAAGCAAGUAGGUACUGCGCUGAUGUGUGUGGACCUCAUUUUGGAGGGAGUAAAAAUGGAAAUGCCAAACAUAUUCCCAGUCGUAAUGGCAAAGGGGACCCGUCGUCUCAGUGAGGCGUCAAAGACAGCGCUGAGCAUACUUUGUCUUGGAGUCGAGAUCGCGUCGUUGAUCUUGUUUGGUGUAGAAUCUUCCUGUAAUGAGAUUCUCGUUGGUCUUGUGUGUGUGGUGAUAGUGAUAAAUUUCACAGAGCAGGUGAUCUGGUCUCUGACAGUCAGACGUAAACUGGAACAAAGCGGUAUCCUUGCUGGGAAAGUGUGUUUUGUUGUCCACCAGAGCUUCACACUUGCCAUCCUCUAUGUCAGUGUUUCCAUUAACUGUGGAAAGACCUGGAGAGAUUCUUGGCCUCUGAAAGUGUUGAUUGUGCUCACCGUAUGGAUUUUCUUGACUGCAGUUUGGAUUUUGGGAUUCAGCACUCAGAAAAUAGAGGAAGCAAAUGAAAAAGGGUCCUUAACCUUCAUGUUUAACAGCACAGAAAACCCCCUGAAAAAGGAGAGAGGGUCUCCAGAGGUUCACUGGAGGCGGGUCACUUUUCACCCUGAAGACAAGGGGAGUGCACAGGAUCUGAAGACAACACGAGGAUUAAAUAGUUGCCAACAAAAUCGUAGCCAACAAAACCACAGCCAACAAAAACAAAAGAAGAAUCACUCUGCAGUUCAGGUGAUUGUCUCGGUUCUCUUCAUCAUUGGAACCACGUCUCUUGCUGUAGCUGUUAUUGUCGGCAUUUUUGGGAGUCAGAAAAACUAGGCCUGUUCACCAAUACAGGCCUAUGAAGAUGCACUGCACGCACAAUGCGCUGUUUUACAUGUUUUAUUUAUGUUUAUGUUGCACAUUUUUAAGUUCUUUAUGAACAAUGUAUGUUGAUACUGUGUUGCCUCGCCUGCUGUAAAUACUAGAAUGUCAAAAUAACCAUUUCAUUCAUUGCACAUCAUACCAGUGCAACAGAUUGUACAAUAGACUGAUUCUGUGGUGGCAUUUCACAUGGUUGGUUUGUCAUUUUUCAAGGAAGUAUAAUAAUUGAGGUCAGGAGUGUUUUAAGCAUGUGAUUGUGCCCAUUGCAAGGAUAAGUGCUUCUGCAAUGAAAAGCAAAUUAUAUGCAUGGUAUAAAAGAGGAGGCCAAAUGUGGAGCACUUGCUCAUAAUGGAAAUUUCCCUCUUUUAUGUAACGGUGACGCUAAAUCAGCGAACUAGAACUAUCAUAAUAUGUCGUAAAGUCUGUGGUUACAAUGCCUACAAGUUCCCACGAUAAUACAACAGUUUGUAUCUGCUGCUGUGUUUUUGUAUCAAACUUCCCUUUUAACUUUUAUAUUCGUGUAAAUUAUUAACUGCAUUGUUAAUGUGUAUGUCACAAUUUUCUAUGUAAACAUUAAUAUCAAAUCCCACAACUUCAAAAUACAAAGUCUCUACUGUC